AGGCACCAACGAUUCAAAAAUUGCGGCGGGCAUUCUUAAUAAUACCGAAUCUUGUAUGGAGACACUCACUGGCUUACUAGCCCUUCGUUAGAGUAUUCUUCUGGUGCAUGAAGCCAACUAGCCGUGAUAGUUCCCUUCAAGGACGCGAUAAACGGCUUUCCCCAGCCAGCAGACAUACUUUUACGCUACUGAUCCCCUCCCCAGUGAGCUCCCGUACCAUAACAUGACUGACGACUGAACGCUUGGUUUCCCAACUGGCCUUUUGGUACGGAUACGUAUUGAACGACUGAGAAUGAAAAUGGCAUCAGACAAGCCACGGCAAAAGAGAUUCACGAGGCGAUCUCGCACGGGUUGUCGGACUUGUCGGGCUCGGCAUGUGAAGUGUGAUGAGACGCCGGGGGCGUGUCAGAACUGUACUUCUGCCGGUUGGAAAUGUGAAGGGUAUGAUGCGAAUCGCAUCAAACGCCCAACCCAAGAAACAAAUCGGCGUAUUGACAUCAUGAUCCCAUCACUUACUUUACAACAACUGCACGCGAGUGCUCUUGUGGGAAAAAAUGCCGAUGAAUCAAGGGCAGUCAGUUUCUUCCAGCUGUCUACUGUUCCAAAGAUGGCAUGGGUUUUCGACUCCUCUCUUUGGAGCAAGCUUGUUCUGCCCAUGAGCCAUGCUGAGCCAGCAGUGAUCCAUGCGGUAAUAGCUGUGAGUACACUGCAUGAGGACCUGGAGGUACGUGGAACACCGUUGUCGCGGGAGGACCUGGGCAACAACCGCCACCGGUUUGCGCUCGAACAGUACGGACGAGCCCUGUCUGCUCUGAAUAGACGCCAAUCCAUUCAGGAUUCGGAGUUGCGAGGCGUGUUAUUGACAUGCUGCCUGUUAUUCGUUCUCUUUGAGCUUCUCCGUGGCCGGUACGAUCCUGCUUUUUUGCAUCUCCAAAACGGCCUUUCAAUUGUGCACGGCAGCCGGAGCAAGGAAGGAUCAUGCAAAAACGAAGAUAUUGAUGUAUCUCUUGCCGAAGCAAUGGCACGUUUGGAUUGCCAAGCUGCAUUUUUUGGCACGAAAGCACCUUAUUUCAAGCCUAUUUCUAUAGAUGAAGCAGUCUUCCGAGAGAAUGAUCUCCGUCAGUUUCACACUCUUUCAGAAGCACGUAGCGAAAUCGACAGUCUUUCAUAUGGCGUUUUCUCCUUCAUUCGGUACCGCAAGUUAUCAUCUACUGAAAUUGAGCUGAUGCACGGUUGUCCCCUGGAUCUGGAAAAGGAGCGAGUAAAAUUAACGAUUCAGCUGAAUCAGUAUCUGACACGACUCAACCAAUCGAAGAGAUCUCUACAGCUGAGGGGCACCCGAGAAAAGCGAGGGUUUGACUUGGUCCUUUUGCAGCAUAUGUCCUUGUCCGUUUUGCUGGAGACAUAUCUGGACGACGACGAGACCUUGAAUAGCGAUGCGCAUCUUGACGCAUGUGAGGAGAUCAUCGACUUGGCCGAACAGAUUACGCAUAGUAUGAUGGAGGAAUGCGGCCUGGACCCCAGGUGUCUUCCAACUUUGUCAUUAGAUACGGGAAUCAUUCCGUCACUCGCAUAUGUCUGCAGCAAGUGCCCGAAAGCCACUACUCGUCAGCGAGCCUUGAAGCUUCUCGACACCUGGCCGCAUCGAGAGGGGUUGUGGGAUUCCAACUUGAUAGCCAUUCUGGGUCGACAGUUGCUGGCGAUUGAGACAGAGGCUGAGAUACGACGAUUAUCCAAAGUAGGAAAGGCACCUAUGCCUGGUAGCAUAGUCUAUAUUUCAAACAUGUCGCGGGCACAGAAUGUUUUUAUGAAGGUUGCAGACGACCAGACACAUGCCGUGAUCUUCUACACCACCAAGGAUUCUGACCAAGAGGCAGCGAGUAGAGAGAGACUGGUGAUUCUUGAUAAACAUUAGGCUCUCGGUGUGUAUUGGCGUGUGGUUGUUCAUGAGUGGGCAUUUCGGCAGUCUGGGGUCAUCAUCGCGUUCAGGAUUUGCGUGACAUGGUUUUUUUGCGAGUUUUUUUUUUCAUAU